AUGAGUUGGCCACGUCUAGAUGCAGAGCCAGCGCUAUGGCCAUGUUACGCACGUCUUGCCUUGGUGUUGGUGGCAUUGGCGUAUCUGGUCGCUGGGGCUGCCGCCUCAUGUGCCGGUCGGUCGGACGAUUGUCCUUCCAACCCGAUUCCCCUAAGGCGCUUCAAUCCGGCCAACUACCACGUUGAGACCUGCAACUUGAAGUGGACGCAAGGAUGCACCAUCUUGGACAAGUACGACAACCUGCAGCAGAAACCACCUCCCUUUUCCCUGUGCGAUGCAAAGCACAGACCUUCGGGGCUGCUGGCUACCGACGCUUACACGCUGGCGUUGCAGCAGAACGACUUUGCCCCGGGCUCACCCAACGUCACGCUGCACGGACUGUGGCCUGGCUCCCAAGGUGGGCACGGAGAAAAGAAUCAGCCCUAUGGCUGUCAGCAUGGCGAAGAAUUCGACGAGUCGUACCUCACGACCUUUGGAACCCUUUUGAAACACUUUUGGCCAACCGACUCGAAGUUCAACAACACCAUGAAUUGUUUCAUCCUGUCUGAGUGGAUGAAGCACGGCACGUGCGCUGUCAUACCUGGUGCUGAUGGACGUGCGUUUCGCCUGCCACAGGAGGCAUACUACCGCACAGCUUUCGUGCUGGCCAAUGAGUAUAACGCCAACUCGGCUCUGCAGGAACGGUUGCAGGAUAUGGAACCGCUCGUCAGUGCCAGCUGCGUGCAAUGUGCAUAUCUCGCCACAAUCGGCUGGACGGACAACACGGUGAAUAGCGUCCCGAGGAUGCCCGGCGAUUGUGUCGAUCAAUGCUUCGCAUGCGGUGACUCCUGGACCACCUGCCCUCCCGCCAAUCUCGACAGCACUGUCUUGCUUGACCCCACCAACGCACCCACGCCACACCACAACUACAGCAUUCCUCUCGUCGGGUUUGGAAUGCCAGCCCUGUCAAGUGACAUAAUCUCGCCAUGGCAAGGCACAUGGCGUUCGUUUGGAGCUGAACAGCACGGGUCUGGAAAGUUUGAAUUCGCUCAGACUUUCACGGAGGACACCCUGACAGUCACCACCGACAGCCCUUACCCACAAACGUGCGCGUAUGAGCUUCGAUCCCACCGAGAAAUUGCCUUGAAGAACUGUGGUGCAAAUCAUCACUUGGAAGAGUGCCUGGUGCAGCGACUGCCAGACAUCGGUGGCCUCGAGGUGGCCUUCCUAGCUUGUAACCACACCGGUGCCCCGGCACCUGUCGACUUCUACGCUGCAAUGGACACUCCUAACUGUGGCAACUUCCUCAUGUUUCGCUGCAAGCCAUCAUUCCCGGGCUGUGCCUUCUCUCCCGAUGUCACUCCUGCCGCCGCUCCACUGCAGCACUCGCCAGCGGGCAGCAAGGCGUAUAAGCCCAGCUCUCUGAGCCCCUAUCAACCGGGCAUCGCCGGAGUACCACCGUCGCUUCUGGGCUCAUGGCGCUCGCUCCAAGUAUCCGACCACUAUCAAGAGGGUCUGGCUCGAUGGAACUUCACUGCUGACGGCCAGGCCUCGCUGGAAUGGCCGAAUUACCCAAGUCGCGGAGUGCAGCGCUACGCAGUCACCCAUUCAGAAGGUGGCCGCAAUAAAAUAUUCCUCGCCAGCACCAGUGGCAGCAUCACCGCCUGCCGCUUCCAAAUUCAAUACAAUCCGGUAUACUCCUACGCUGUGCUUGGUUGCGGUGCGACAAAUCGAUUGGCGCCAGAUGACUUGGCGGAAAGCUUCCUGCGGCCGCACACGCAAUGGGCCAUGGGUCGAUGCAACCCAUGCAGCUCUCACUGUAGCUACUCCUGUGGCCCUGAGAACGACUACUGCGGAGCCGGAUCAUGCAGCCCUGCCAGCUCGGAGCCAUCCACUCACCCCUCAGAGCCACGCGAUGUAAUAACAAGCCUGCCCAUACUAAGCCACAAUUGGUGCACGCCUGCCGACUCCAGCUGCUGGCCCACCAAGGCAGCGAUCCAAGAGCUGGAGCAAGAGUUAGAUCCCGAUGAAGCACGGCUCGGUCUCAAAUGGUCCACCUACCCCAACCCACAGCCGGCACCGGUGCCGGCCGGAUCCACCAAGGACCAACCCUUUUACAGCCUGGGAGAUAAUAAGCCAAAGGGGUUCAAAGCCUUGUAUUAUUACGAGGAUUUGGACGAGAUGAAGCGCCCAUGCUUCAAGCCAACGAGCAACUCCACAGAAUGGAACAACGUGUCAGACAUGUGCAAGGCGGCUCUCCACCAGAAUGAGUACCGAGAUUGGAAUCCGUUCAUUGUGGUGUUCCCUCUCAACGAGCGACAUAUUGCUAGCGCCUUGCGCUUCGCCGCCCGUCACCGGUUGUGCAUCUCCACUGCCGGUUCAGGUCACGAGUACAACAGCCGCAACUCCUGCCCGACCGGCGGAAUCCUCAUUCGCACCAUUCUGCUCAAAGACAAAGCUUUCAUCCCCAGCUGGGAGGAGGACCCAGUCCUUGCUCCGAGCGGUGCAUUCAAGUUUGGUGCAGGCGCAGUCUUCGCCGAGAUGCACAACUUCUCCGCGCAGUACAACCGCGUCAUCGCGUCGGGCUGGUGCUCCACUGUCGGCAUGGUCGGCUUUCAUCUCGGGGGCGGCCACGGCCCCUUUGCCCCCACCAUGGGACUCGGUGUGGACAACGUGCUGGAGAUCGAAGUCCUGCAGAUCGGUCAGGGCGCGGACGGUCAACCGGUGAUCCACAAGAAGGUGGCCAGCCGACAGCACAACCCUAAGCUUUUCUGGGCCAUGCGCGGCGGCGGUGGAGGUGUGUGGGGUGUGAUUCUCUCCAUGACCAUUCGGGCACACGCCGUCCCUGGCGGUGGCCUCAGUCACGUCUAUAUGACUCAAAGCGGCACCUUCUGUCCCGGUUCGAGUCCGUUUGGCUAUGAGUGGCUGAGGGCCAUGUGGAGUCGAUUCUCCGUUUGGACGCUGAUGCUGAACAGCAAGGUCAGCACGCAGCCAGGAUUCUUCAUUAACACCUCCAAGUAUAAGACGGGUGGUCUAUGCGCAGUCACAUGGGAAUUCAAGUUUGAAUAUUUCUACGCGGGGGGCCAAACAGAGCCAGAUUACCGUCUAUUCCGCGACCGUCUCCAGGAGGUGCUGGAGGUAACGAAAGUAGAGGAGCAGAACUUCAAAUCGGCCUUUGAUUACGUGCUCACUAUGCCGCCCAACAAAUUUCUGCUCGCCGUCGGUAACCCCCUCCCUGAUCCACACCCGCCUUCUGACAAUGCUACCGGCUCCCAAAACUCGGUCUUUGUCUCGCGACAAGCCAUGGAAACGAAAUUCGCCCCCACGAUGAUGGAGGUGCUAGAUAUUUGCGUCGCAUCCUUGAAGAAUCCUGACCGAACUUCGCCGGAUCCAGCAGGGUAUCGCUGUGGCUUUCACUACCUCUACACUUCGUUGACUGGCAAUCUGGGGAGCCCACAGCCAGACGGUACGGCUAUCUCACCUGGCUUUCGCUCAGCUGUGAUGUUGUGGAAUGCGCGUACCUUGACCACCCAACAAUCGAAGGACACUUUGUAUAGAAUUGGCCCGAACAGCUACUUCUCUGAGAGUUCCUAUGUCAUGCAUAACUGGACAUCUCGCUAUUGGGACCAGGCAUCGUAUGAACAGCUGCUGGCCAUUAAGAAAGCACACGACCCGGGCGACCAUUUCUGGUGCCAUCACUGCAUCGGUGACAACCCAGACGAUGCCUACGGAGACCCGCUCAGUGCUGCAGCCGGUUUGGUCUAA